ACCAUCCCAAUGUCCGUGACCGUCAAGCCAGCGGAGCCUGUGACAUCAAUAGGCUCCAUGGCUACCUUCGGAAGGUUCCAGCGGUGGCAGUACGUGUUGGCAACUAUACCUAUACUGUUUACUGCGAUGAGCAACAUCAACUAUAUAUUUUCUGCAGCUGCUGAGGAUGCCAGAUGUGCCGUGUCAGCCUGCGAAACUGCAAGCUCCACACCAGCCCUGCCACCCUGGUGGCCUCCGGUCGAACAUCGCUGCUCCCGCCCCGCGCUCGCCAGCGGCAUUGUAGGCAACUGUAGCGUACACAGCUUCGUCAACCAGUCUGUGACUUGUGACAAGUGGGUGUAUGGCUCCAAUAACUCCAUAGUUUCUGAGUUUGACCUGGCCUGCCAAGAGUGGAAGCGGACGCUUGUGGGCACCGUCCAUAAUGUGGGUGUCAUGAUAUCCAUGCCUUUGAUGGGCUUCGUUUCUGACAGAUGGGGUCGAAGAAAAUCUAUAAUAGCCAGCGGGCUGGGUCUGGUGGUGGGGGCCUUCAAGACCCUAACCGCGGGUCCGGGCUGGACCGGAUAUCCCCUCUACUUGUUACUGGAACUGCUGGAGGCUGCGCUGGUUACUGGAACUUACACCACUUGUUUUGUGCUGAUGCUGGAGCUAGUCGGCAAGAACAAACGCAUAAUCAGCGCCCUAGUCCUUGGGAUCAUGAUCUCCUCCGGUGAACUCCUCCUAACCCUCAUCGUCUGGCUGGUCCCCUACUGGAGACACUUCCAGCUCUUCCUCUACUGCCCUGCCUUCAUCUUCCUCGCUUACAUCUUCCUUCUAGAAGAAUCCUUACGCUGGUUGAUUGUUAAUGAAAAGAACGAUAAAGCCGUCAUGCUGGUACAGAAGAUUUCAAAGUGCAAUGGCGUUGCGUUGUCACGGAAGAUGAUAGAUGCUAUUCGGAAUUCGAAAGUGGGGUUUGAUGCGGAUAAAGAAGUGGAGAAGGAGAAGUUUCAUCCGAAGCUGUUGUUUUCUUCGGCGAUGUUGGUUAAAAGGCUAGUAGUAUGCUCAUGGUGGUGGUUCACAGCAGCAUUCGUCUACUACGGCCUCCUGAUCAACUCCGUAACGUUGCCUGGCAACAAGAUAGCGAACUUCGCUCUCUCAGCUAUCUCGACGCUCAUUGGGGAGUUCAUCGCUUACUUCUCGCUUAAUAAGAUCGGCAGGAAAUAUACUUUGCUGGGAGGGUUCCUAGUUUGUGGGGUCGCAUGCGUUGCUGAAGCUUUUGUACCAAAAGCUGCCAAGACCGAAUUAAUAGUGAUAUUCCUGCUCGGCAAAAUGUGCAUCUCCAUCUGCUUCAACGGUAUCUACGUGUACACAUCCGAGCUGGUACCUACCAGCGCGAGGGGCUGCUUAGUGGGCGCGUGUUCUAUGGUGGCUAGAGUUGGCUCUGUGUUAGCACCCUUGACUCCACUGUUGGGUAACUGGUGGCAUCCAUUGCCGACGCUCCUCUUCGGCGGUUCAGCAUUGAUAGCAGCGCUGCUGACACUCUCGACACCCGAGACAUUACAGCGAGACCUGCCUGACACCGUCGCCCAAGCUAAAGCAUUCCAUCAAUAACUAAUGGCUCUGU